GGACUUUCGAAGAGCUCCGUGGUCUGAAGAGAGUGCGAUGGCUGAAAAGAAUGAUCCUUUUCGGGACCUGGUUUUCAGUGGGGCACCCUCGGAGUACCGGCUCUUUCGGCGGAAGAUUCUGCUGAACGUGGCUUCGUUAGAGGAGAAGCAUGUGAAGCUGGCUGGGCCGAAGAUCCUCACUCGUUUGACUGGGGAAGCCUGGCGGGCCACGGAGCAUCUUUCGAUAGCAGAGCUGCGCUCAGAAGAUGGUUGGCUCCGGGUUCUGCAGGCCUUGGACGAGCACUACAAGUACCUGCCGGAGACGGAGUUGAAUGAGUGUGUCGACGAGUUCCUCUUCCACCUGAAGAGGCGCUCGGGUGAAGGGCCGACGGCCUUUGUGUCGCGCUUCAAGGCAGUCCUCAGUCGGCUCGAGACGCUGAUCGCUUCGGAGCGUGCCGAACGAACCGCCAGCAAGAGGAAGCGCGAUCCGCGUGUGCCACAGAGGCAGACGGACGAUGAUGAGAGCCCAAGCUCUGGGGUCGACUCGGAGGAGCCCGCCUUGACGAAGGACCGAGUCGAUGCAGCUGCGGCGGCUUCUGCGGAUGGCAGACAGCCCACGGCGACCGACACCAAGGGCCCGAAGACGGUCGGAAGCUUUGUGGGCGAGAAGUCUCCCAAGCGUGGGCCACCUUCGUCGGGUGGUUCCCAGCACAGCCGCGGCACCCAGAAAGGCGACGAGGAGCGAGCCCAGCGCCGUAUGCUGGAACGGCUGGGCCGCUUGGAGGUGGGCCACUUGAAGCUGAAGCCGGUCUUUCCGGCGGUGAUCUUGGGCCACCUCUUCAUGAGAAAGUAUGGCUUGUCGCGGGAGCAAAGAAGCCAGGUGAUCAGAUCGACCGGCGGCUCCUGCAAGUUCACCGAUAUCGAGAAGGUGAUCCGUGCCUCGGACUAUGAAGACCGUCUUGGAGACGGCGGCCACCGGGGCAACCAGCAACGGGCUGCCAGACCAGGUGGCGCGAUCAUGGCCGCCGACGAGGGCAGCAGCCUGAGUGAGCCUUCUUUCUCUGACCCGGAGGCCUAUGAGGCCGGAGAGGCGUCAGGCAGCGACAUGGACGAGGAGCUGGAAGAGGCCUUCGAGAUCCACAAGAAGGCCCGCAACGACGCCAAGAAGGCCUUCAGAUCGUACCGCGACAGUCGCAAGAAGGUCAGGGAGAUCAAGAAGGAACGCCAGCCAUAUAUGCCGGUAGUGGCUCUGCCGGCUGGCUCGACACCGGUCCCCGAAGGACUUCCCGUUCAACCGACCUUUCGCUAUGAUCGCAAGGAUGGUCGCCGCGGGGACAAAGACAAGGGCCGCGGACGAGGCGGCAGGAGGAAAGAAGAAGUGAGCCUGGUCCAGACCAGCCUCCUCUCAGAGUUUUCCUACAUGGUUGAGAAUGUGGAGGCGACCUGCACCUAUGAUGAGUACGAGGUGCUCUCGGCUUCGGUGCCGACCGGCAUGGCAGUGGUGGACACGGGUUGCACGACUUCAGUUGUGGGCCGAGAAACGGCCGAUCGAUACCGCGCCCUGUGGCAGGAACGUGGCCUUCCUGAGCCGGCUUCAGUUCAGCUGGCUCCCGUCCAACUGCGGGGCUUCAAUGGGGCCCGAUCAGUUGCCACUGAGGGGCUUCGAUGGACUGUGAGGCUCGGGGCUCUGUGGGGCCAAGUGACCACGUACGUGAUCCCAGGUCAGGCCCCUUUUCUGUUGUCCCGCAAGGUGCUGCAGGGCAUGAAUGCCCAUCUGGACUUAGGAGCCUCGACCAUAACUAGCGAGAAGCAUGGUAUGCACCAGCAGCCUCUAUCUCAUGCAGCCAACGGGCAUUUGCUGCUCCCCCUGGUUCCAGAUGAAGAGGGCGAGGCGGCCUUCCAGGUGCAAUGCGCAGGCCCUGCCGAGGUUCCUAGUCUGAAGCCUACUCCCGAACCUUUACAGAAAACCCCAGAGAAGACCAGCAAAAUCAGGCUUCCGGCUGCCGAUCUCCGGAAGCAUUUCCAAACCGUGAUGAAGCACACCCGGUAUACGCAGGCUGAUGUGGGUUCUAACAGGUAUCCUUUGAGAAUGCUAUUCGGAUGUGAUGUUGACUUUGCUAUGUGCGCCUAUCGUCCUAGAUUUGAGAGGCGAGAGGCUUUUGACCGCCCGGGAGCGUGUGAUUCACUCGAGGGGCGUGCAUCUACGAGAUCCGAGCCAGAGUGCGUUUCGGAAUCCCCCGUGCCCAGUGAGCUGCAGGGGCACGAAGUCUGCGAUUGCUGCGCCCACAGCGCAUCAGCUGAGGAGGGCACGGCCGGAGGGGUGGAAUUUCUGCCGCGCCGCUUUUGCCGCAUUGUUGCAGCCUGCCUCUCUCGUCGCGAUGCAGAGGUCCUUCAGAAACUCCAUGUGAACACCGGCCACGCCUCUAAUCCUCAGAUGCUGAGGCUCGCACAGCGUGCUCGGGCACCUCCCGGUGUCAUUGAGGAAAUUCGGAAGUUUCGCUGUCCGAUCUGCGAGGUCGAGCUUAAGAGACAGGGGACUAGUGGUGUGGAGGAACGCAAGAUUCAGGUUCUUACGGUGGUAGAUUAUGCAACUGACUUUGCACAGCAGAUAGUCCUGCCGCCUGGACCCCGAUCGGUCAGCAGUGCCUUUCACGCGGUGUGGUGCCGGCCCUUUGGCCCACCCCGAGUGAUCUACGUGGAUCCUGACCAAAGAUGGAUGUCAGACGAUUUUCAGAGAUACCUCCGUUGCAAUUCAAUCACCUUACUGGAUAGUGCCACGGAGUCCCACUGGCAGCUCGGCCGCGUGGAGGUAGCUCAGAAAAUCCUUCGCAUGAUGGCCCAGCGUGUCUGGCGGACCUCAGAACGAUCCCCGGAGGAGGUCAUUGAGAGCUGCAGCGGUGUCCGGAACGAACAACUUAAGCGCCAUGGUUUCUCUAGUGCACAAUGGUUCCUAGGUAGAGAGCCCCGGGUGCCAGGGUCGUUGGCAGACCUCAGUGAACAGCAGAACCCUGCCGUUCAGGAUGCCGUGCAUGCCGAGACUGAUUUUGCAAAGAAGAUGCAGAUACGCCAGCAGGCUGCAGAGGCCUUCCUGCAGGCACAUGCGCAUACCACAUGGUCCCGUGCCAUCAAAGGAAGGCACGGGUCCUGGCUCGGCCCGGGGCGCGUCGUGGGCACUGAAAGCUUCCGUGAAGGGAGCCCCGUUCCAAGGGUCAUCUGGGUAGUUGUCAAUGGUUUCAUGUAUAAGUGUUCACCGGAGUGUCUUCGCCCCCUGGUUGAGGAUGAAGUUGCGUUCAAGCAAAUUGCUCAGGAGUUUCACGCCGGACACCUCCCGGAAGAAUUAGAGCAAGUAACGCCGUCAAGGAGGGGCCCUGCCGGGCGAUACUUUGACUUGAGCCAAGACCUUCCCACUGAACAAGAUUUCUUGACGCCACCCGCCUCUGACCAAGAGGGCGAGGCGGACCCUCCUGCGGACCGAAAUGUGCGUCGCCGCAUUACUCGAGACGACGAGUACUGGCAAUCCCGAGCUGCAAGUGCAUCUCCACGAGGGGAACCUCUGGUUCGCUUCCGGGAUGAUCCUACCGAAGGGCCUGAGCAGCCGGUGCCCAAACUGGCACGUACUUCCGUAGAGUCCGAAGACCUCGCAGAAUAUUCACCUUCCUUACCGCCGCCUGAACCAACUGAUGAGGCCCGGGUUUCGGAGGAUCUGCCCCAAGUGCCUGACACACCCCUGGGAUCAGACACAGAGAUGCUGCCGGAUUCCGACAAUCUGUGCUGCGAAAUUGCCCUUGACAUUUUUGAAACUGACAUCGUGGAUGAUCCUGGGUCUCUUUGGACAGUCUUAGACGAGUGCGCCGUAGUGGCAGCCCGCCCAGGUCAGAAACGAAGGGUCGAAGUCAGCUUCCGUAAGCUCGGCCCUAAAGACCGCGAACGCUUCAAGGGUGCUAUGAAGAAGGAAUGGCAGAGCUGGCUAGAGAACAAGGUCACAACAAUAGCUAAGUCUAAGGGGAUAGCCAAAAGCCGCAUCAUAGGUUCCCGCUGGGUUUUGACCUGGAAGAAAUCUUCGGAUCCCGAUGACCGCACCCUUACACCCAAGGCCCGGCUAGUGCUUGUGGGGUUUCAAGACCCUGAUCUGGGAAGGAUCGCCACAGACAGUCCGACUCUCCGAAAGGAGAGUAAGCAUAUCAUCCUCAGCAUCUGUGCGAGCAAGGGCUGGGUAAUUUGGGGUGCCGAUAUCAAAACUGCAUUCCUUUCCGGGGACAAUUCCAAUCGUGACCUGUACUUCCGUCCACCCGAUGAAGUGAAGGAAUUCCUCAACUUGAGUGAUGAUGAUGUGCUGCGCCUGGAAAAGGCGGCCUAUGGGCUUGCAGAAGCUCCACGUGCAUGGUUUCUCCGCCUGACUCGGGAGCUGAUCUCUGUAGGCCUUGAAGUCUCUCAGCUUGACCCGUGUGUGUGUAUCCUGCGGUGUGUUUCUUCAAAGGCAUUGCUCGGAGUCUGCGGAGUCCAUGUUGACGAUCUACUCGGUGGGGGGGCUUCCCACAUGGACCUUUGCCUAGAGAAGCUUCGUGCUACUCUGCCUUUUGGGGAUUUCCGUAAGGGUACUAUCAAGUACACCGGGGCCGAGAUUAGGCAACUGAAGGAUGGCAGCAUCGAAGUGAGUCAAGAGGCCUACAUUGACAAAAUGGAAGAAGUGAGCACGAAGCCCUACGGCAAGGCGUCGAAUCCUCUUCCGGAGCCGACCCUUAUGCGUGCAUGCUGUGGCCAGCUGGCCUGGGUUGCCAAUCACAGUCGUCCUGAGCAGGCGUUUCUGGCUUCCUACUUGCAAGGCACCCAGGAUAAGGCCCAGGUUGCACACCUUGAGUUGUAUAACAAGGCUGUUCGAGAGCUUAAGACCCGCCGUGCCACCCUCAAGUUUCCUGUGGUCCCUCUUGAGCGCUGGCGACUGCUGGCUGUGACCGAUGCUGGCUGGGGCGUUCGUGCCAAUGGCGAGUCCCAAGGUGGACUUGUGCUGUGCCUGUGUGACAAGGAGGUGCUAGAGCGUAGGCCAGGCCCGACUUGGAUCAUAGAGUGGUCUUCGAAGAAACUUCGCCGCGUAGUUAGGAGCUCUACCGCUGCCGAAACUCUCGCCGCUCAGAAUGGCCUAGAUGCAAUAGAGUUUGCACAAGCGUUCUUGCAAGAAGUCUUGUAUGGCAUGACCCCAAAGUUGUUCCAGCAAUGGGUUCCUGAAAAUAAGUCCGGGCUUGUCAUUGACAGCAAAUCCUUGUAUGACGCCCUCACCCGAUCUGCUUGCAGCAGUGCGUUGGCUAUGGAAAAACGGCUGGCCAUCGAUUAUGCCAUAGCCAGAGCGUGCCUGAGUGAGAGAGGAGUCCUCCCGUUCUGGACUAACAACCUACAGAUGGUGGCUGAUUGCUUGACCAAGUUGAAGGGCAACAAAGAGGUGAUGUACAAGCUGCUCGACACGUGCUGUUACCAUGUUCGCCCUAGCAAGGAGUCCGGCAGGCUAGACCACGAGCUGCCUGGGUGUGACUUGAGAUGUUGGGUUCUCCAGUACAUGAGCAGUCGUGAGCCUCUUGCUCGUGAUGAACUGGUUCAGUUCGUCUCCCGCGCGGUGGCGAACAACCAGGUGCCAGAGGUCCUCCAGGAGAUAGAGGUGCAGCGUCCGGACAAGAUGAUCCGCCGCGACCAGGACGUGGGACGCCCUAAGUCUUCCAUUCACUGGUCCCGAGAUGUGGAAAGCCCUACGAGCAUGGCCUCCGACACUCCGAGCACCCGUGAGUACCUCCUGGUGCAUGGUGUCGACCACAGCAAGCGCAAUGGGCCUCCAAUUCCAACGCCGGUGAAUGCACCAGCUCGCAAUGGGCCUCCACCUCCAGCGCCAGUGAAUGGAACCGCUUCUGGAGACUAUCGUCUUGGACAUGGAGGGCGUGAUCAACCUUCGUGUGCAGCCUCCCCGCAUAGUGCGGGCUAUGGUCGCCCGGCUCCCCGCUCCGUGGACACCUUCGGCACCAUGACCUCAGACGCCGAGACCGAUACAAGCUUCACCUUGCGCUCCCCAGCUGAGGAGAACUCCGAGGAGUAUGUCCUUCCGACGGCACAUGUGGGCAAGCUUCCCCGGGGCAUCCCUUCUCUGGCACGAUGGGGUCAGACCUUGCUGAUCCUGCCGAAGUACAAGGAGAAGAAGUGGAGCUACCUCCAGCUGCUCCAGUUCGCCUGGAACGACAAGGAUGCGAUGUCGUACAUCAAGUGGGUGAAGAACACCUACUACCACGAUGCGAAGGACCCGAAAGGUGGCAAGGCUUCCGAUCUGGCAGCCUUUGUUCUGGCAUGCGACUGUCCCAUCGACCGCCGCUACCAGGAGAUCCACAACUCAGCAUUUGAUGCUUCGGAGGGCGUUCGUCCCGUUAUUGACGGCGUUUGCGGACAGCAGAAUGACUUCGUGCAGCAGGUUGGCACCCUGGAUGGCUUGAUGGUCACCUUCCUGGACGUGGACGGCGUCGUGGUCGACCAGAUUCUGCCGAUGACACGCUUCACCAUACGAGUGGAUUGUGGCGGCGGUUUCGAUGCCUGCGAUGCCAAUGAUUUUUCGAGCAUCAAGGUUAUUCCACGCAGCUGGUCUGCCGAAGAUACGGCCGUGGGGGCAUCGCAUUGGAACAAGAGCAACACUUGCCCGGAGGCGAUUGAGACGACGCAGUGGUACUCGCCGCUCAACUGCCAG